AUGGAUACAACUAUCAUUGAGAGGAAGAGGAAAUCGGCACUCGCAAGAAGACAUCGGAGAGCUGUCUUGAAUGAAAGAACAAAAAAAAGAAAUAGAGUUGAUGAGAAUGGAAGUGAUUUCAAGAUAUGUUAUAGCAGUUUUUAUCAUCCAUUACGUGACAAUGUAAGGAUACCAUUGUCUAAUAUAACUUCUUCUAUCAGUAAUAUAGGGAUUCAGAAUCGUCGCUCACCACUCGGUGGAGUUGCAAAAUCAUCAGCCAAACUAUUGCAAAUUGGUCUGAAAGAAUCUGUGUCAUACAGUCAUAUGGAAAAACAUUCAUACGAAAAUAUUGUCUAUCAUGCAACACCUCAGCCUAACAUGACGGAUAGUCAAUUCUCAUCUGAAAGCUCCAUAUCAAAUAUUACUGCUGUUUCACUCACCCCUGCACAGAAAUCUGCAAUGCGUAUAACAUCCGUCGUUUCAUCCAGCAGAAAGAAAAAAACUCAUGAUGUCCGAACCAUUGCAGCAAAUUUAUUCAAUGACUUUUCUAAUGUUGCCAAUGAGGGUAUCUCUUCCUCCACAAGCAACCGCGUUGGUACAACCGAAGUAGACAUUGAAGACGAUGAUAGUUCGGACAAAUCGUUUAGUGAUAGUGAAUGUGAGUUCAUAAACAACAAUCUUGACUAUGAUUCGGCAUCAAGCGUCGAUGACCAUGAGCAGGAAAAUACAAUUCAUAGUUCAAUUAAUGAUCAUGAUUCAGGAUACUCAGAUAUAGGUGAUCCUGCAAUAGAAUGUACACGUUGUGGGGCACUUAUGUGGUACGGAGAGAAAACUUAUAAACGAAAACAUAGUGCUGUCCCCAAAUUCCAACAGUGUUGUGGAAAUGGCAAGAUUUUGCUUCCUCUUUUGAAAUUACCUCCUCCUUAUCUUAACCAGUUGUUGUUUCAAGAUGAUGGUCCGGAUAAUCAAAAUUAUCAGCAAUAUUGUAGAUUUUACAACAUGAUGUUUGCCUUUACAUCUCCUGGUAUGAAGUUUGACAACAGGUUCAAUGCCGGUGGAGGUCCUCCUAACAUAAGAGUACAUGGACAGCCUUGCCAUAGGAUUGGGAGCAUGGUGCCGCUUAAUGGACAGACACCCAGAUUUUCUCAGCUAUAUAUUUACGACACUGAAAAUGAAAUACAACAUCGGAUCAAAGGAAUGGGAAACAAUCCAAAUAUAAUUCCGCAUGUGGUGACCGAAUUGAAGAAUAUGCUUGACGAGUUCAACACACAUGCUAAAUCUUUUAGGAUGGCUGCAGACAGGCUGCGACAUUCCGAUGUACCGGAAUUGAAGUUAAGAUUAAUUGCAGAUAGAUCAAAAGAUGGUAGAAUUUACAAUCAACCCAAUGUUGCAGAAGUUGCUGCAUUGAUAGUAGGCGACGUUGACACCGGAGAUAAAAGGGAUAUUAUUCUUGAGAGACAAAGCGGUAAGCUAAAGAGAAUAAGUGAGUUUCAUCCAGCAUAUCUUGCUUUACAAUAUCCCCUACUUUUUCCUUAUGGAGAAGACGGAUUUAGGCUUGGUGUUCUACACAGGGAAACAAGUUCAAAAAAAAAGAUGAAUAAGCUUACCAUAAGAGAAUGGCUUGCGUAUCGCAUUCAAACAAGAGCAACUGAGGCACAUACGCUUUUGAGAUCACGGAGACUGUUUCAGCAAUUUUUAGUUGAUGAAUUUUGUAUGAUGGAGUCCCAAAGAUUGAAUUAUAUCCGCAAGCAUCAGAAGAAACUUAGAGUUUCUAAGUACUCCAAUCUUACCGGUCCAGACCAAGGAUCGGACACACAGGGUUCAAACAAAGGUAAAAGGGUAGUUUUGCCGUCUACCUAUGUUGGUAGCAGGAGAUACAUGGAGCAGCUUUAUUUUGAUGGAAUGGCUAUUUGUAGCCACGUUGGUUUUCCCGAACUUUUUAUCACUUUUACUUGCAAUCCAAAGUGGCCCGAAAUUAAGAGAGUUACCGACAAAAUAAAGCUUCAUCCUCACGAUCGCCCUGACAUCAUAUCCCGAGUUUUUAAAAUCAAGUUGGAUGAGCUGUUGUCUGAUUUAACAAAAAAGCAUGUAUUGGGGAGAGUUGUUGCAUAUAUAUACACAAUUGAGUUUCAAAAAAGAGGUUUACCACAUGCACAUAUUCUGUUAUUUAUGCAUCCCGAAAGCAAGUGUCCCAGUCCAGAAGAUAUAAACAACAUCAUUUCAGCAUAA